UCCGGGAGAUUUUAGUGGGCAUUCACCUCCUGUCUCAUCACUCCAGUUCUUGGUCUUUCAAGAAAGAAGAACAGAAUGAACAGGGAGAGUUCAGAUUCAGAAGCAGCAAAGCCGGCAAGAACUCCUCUGCUUGAGAAGAGAACCACCGGUCCAGAUGAAGGGGGCGGUGGAUCUUCUUCAUCAUCUUCUUCGGCCACGCCUGUUCUUGUUCUCACCACUUUGGUGGCGGUCUCCGGUUCAUAUGUGUUUGGUUCUGCCGUGGGAUACUCGUCUCCUGCUCAGACUGGAAUCAUGGAUGAUUUGGGCCUCACUUCUGCACAGUACUCAGUUUUUGGCUCAAUAUUGACAAUUGGAGCUAUGAUAGGAGCAGCAAUCAGCGGGAGAAUCGCAGAUUACAUAGGUCGAAGAGGGACAAUGGGACUUUCAGCGGUAUUAUGCAUAACAGGUUGGACCGCUAUAGCAUUAUCAAAGAUUUCUUUGUGGCUUGAUAUUGGGAGGUGGCUUGUUGGAUGUGGAAUGGGGCUCCUCUCAUACGUGGUCCCCAUAUAUAUAGCAGAAAUUACCCCAAAAGACCUACGUGGAGGAUUUACAACAGUACAUCAGUUAAUGAUCUGUUGUGGUGUGUCAAUGACUUACCUUAUCGGUGCAUUCGUUGCUUGGCGAGCAUUGGCUCUCAUAGGUAUUAUUCCAUGUCUUGUACAGGUCAUCGGUUUGGCUUUCGUUCCGGAAUCUCCUCGAUGGCUGGCAAAGACAGGCCGGAGUAAAGAAUGUGAAGCCGCCUUACUUCGCUUGAGAGGGAAGAAUACCGAUAUCUCUCAGGAAGCAGCUGAGAUUUGGGAAUACACACAAACCCUUCGACGGCUUUCAGAAGCCAGGAUAUCAGACUUGUUUCAGAGGAAAUAUGCCUACUCACUUAUUGUUGGGGUUGGGUUGAUGGUACUGCAGCAAUUUGGAGGGGUGAAUGGAAUUGCCUUUUAUGCUAGUUUUAUAUUCACAUCAGCUGGCUUCUCUGGUAGUGUCGGGACGAUAGCGAUGGUUAUUGUUCAGAUUCCAAUGACGGCAUUGGGUGUGCUCUUGAUGGAUAAAUCUGGACGAAGGCCACUUUUGUUGGUUUCUGCAGCAGGAACAUGCCUCGGUUGCUUGAUGACAGGAUUCUCAUUCUUCUUCCAGGACCUUCAAAUGUGGACGGUUUUCACUCCAAUCCUGGCUCUUGUCGGUGUGCUGGUUUAUACAGGAUCAUUCUCUCUAGGCAUGGGAGGAAUUCCGUGGGUUAUAAUGUCGGAGAUAUUUCCUAUAAACAUGAAAGGUUUGGCCGGAAGCCUCGUGACGGUGGUGAGUUGGUUAGGUUCUUGGAUUAUCUCAUACGCCUUCAACUUCAUGAUGGAUUGGAGUUCAGCAGGAACAUUCUUCAUAUUUUCGAGCAUAUGCGGAUUCACUGUCCUAUUCGUAGCAAAGUUGGUGCCGGAAACUAAAGGGCGUACAUUGGAAGAAAUACAGGCCACCAUGAAUCCAUUUUAAGUUGGAAAGAAACGCCGGAAUUUCUGCAGCAGA